AUGGACGAACCCCCGACGACGGAGGGUCAGAACUCAGUGUCCGACGACGAGGAAAACGACCAGCAUGAUCGUGUUGUCAGCGAGGGAUCUCUGACGGAUGCUGAUGAGUCAGUGUGCCAAUACGACAACUGCAAUCGCCCCGCGGUGGUGGAGAUCGGUCUGGCUGCAGUGGCACAAGGGUCAGAGUCAGUGUCAGGGUCACAUGAGGUCUGCCUGCUUCAGGCCUUUUGCUGGGAGUGUGCAGCGUCACAGCUUCUGAGAUUCAAUGGCCGUGAAUGGAUGGCAGAAGACGGGUGCAUCAGGUUUCUUUUCGUGUCAGAGGCAGAGUCAGAGUCAGAGACACACGGCCAUGUCGGCCGCUGCAGCAACUGCAGGCAAUGUUUUGGGUGCGUGGUGCUGCACAACACACGAGACGGUGAAGAGUCAUUGUGCUGGACAUGCGCCGCAGUUCGCUUUCUGGAAGCCCGGCUCGGCUUUCUUCAGUUUGUGAAGCAGCCAAUGCGAAGUGGCAGUGUCGAUGAUGACUAUGACUAUGACGGUGCUGCUGAGUCUGAUUCAGUGGCUCUUUAG